AUGUAUCGGCAGAUUCUGAUGGCACCUGAACAUAAACACUAUCAACGAAUCUUCUGGCGUGAACGAACGUCUCAACCGUUGCGUGUACUGGAACUGGACACCGUUACUUAUGGCACAGCAUCGGCACCAUACCAAGCAACGCGGUGCCUGGCACAAUUGGCUGCGGAAGAGAAGGAUGAUUACCCGAUUGCAGCCGAAAUAAUAAAAACCGAGGUCUACAUGGAUGAUACGCUAUCAGAUAGCCCAGAUUCUGGUGCCGAUUCGGUGUCGGAAGCUAUCGAAGCACAACGGCAACUGAAACAGCUGUUGGCACGCGGUGGCUUUCCCAUCCACAAAUGGUGUUCCAAUUCUCCAGAGUUCCUCCAACACGUGCCACCCGACGAACGUGAGCCCCAAGUGCCGUUGAAAGAAUGCGGAGCGAAUAAAGUCAUCAAGGUCUUAGGUCUGCUCUGGGAUCCAGAGGCAGAUGCACUACUCCUCGCUAACCAGAUCAAGCCAGUGAUAAGAGACGUUGUGACCAAGCGGUUGAUCUACGCCGAAGUCGCCAAAUUUUACGAUCCUCUCGGACUGUACUCACCAGCUAUUGUCCUCGCCAAACUACAAGCGCAACGCCUGUGGAGCAUUAAGGCAGACUGGGAUGACCCGGUCGACGAAGAAUUUGCACAACAGUGGCAAGAACUCCAUAGCUCAUUGUCACACCUCAACCAAAUCCCAAUUCCUAGAUGUGUGACAAACAACAACGUGAUGGCCUAUGAGCUACACGGAUUCGCUGAUGCUUCGGUCGUGGCGUACGGAGCCUGUGUGUAUGUGCGGAGCAUAUUUGCCGACGGAACGGCAAAGAUGGCUCUUCUGACCAGUAAGUCUAAGUUGGCCCCCCUGCACGAUUUGUCAAUCCCACGGAAAGAGUUGUCUGCUGCCCUCCUGCUGUCCCAUUUAGUGAAGAGAGUAACCGUUGAGUUGAGCAUGAAAUUUCUAGAAGUCGUUCUGUGGUGCGACAGUACAAUUGUUCUAGCCUGGAUCAAAAAACCGCUGAAUGAACUUGAGUUGUUCGUCCGUAAUCGCAUUGCUUUAAUCCAAGAAGAAACCGAUGGUUUCAGAUGGGAGUACAUCAACACCGAAAACAAUCCCGCCGACAUCGUUUCCCGUGGCCAGCUUCCCGAGAUCCUCAGUAGAAACAACCUCUGGUGGCACGGUCCUGAAUUCCUCGCCUACGUAAUCUAUCAGAUUCAACCGCCUGCAGCCGUUCCAGAUACAGAUUUGCCAGAAAUGAAAGCAGUCCCAGCCGCACCCACCGUGAAAAACAAACCACUUCCGAUUUUUUCCCGAUACAGUAGCUUUCGCAAACUUCAACGAGUCAUCAGUUACAUCCUGCGGUUCGUCGACAACUGCCGUAAGAAAUCUGUCGAACGUGAAACUCGUCGAAAUUUGACCGUCCGUGAACUGCGCAAAUCGAAAGAAGCUAUAAUCAAAGUGAUCCAGAUCGUCCACCUGGGGGAUGAAAUUCAGCGAGUUAUACACAAACUACCCUGCAAAAGGAUUGGCAACCUCCGACCUAUCUUCCAAGGCGGACUGCUUCGAGUAGGUGGUCGCUUAGACCGCUCACAACUCCCUUUCGAAAGCCGACAUCCUAUCAUACUGCCGGACAAGGACCCUCUGGUGCGUAUGAUGAUCCGUGAAAUGCACGUUGAGCUACUUCACAUCGGUCAAAGUGGGUUGAUGAACGCCAUGCGGCAACGAUACUGGCUGCUAAAUGCUCGAUCCACUAUCUGGCAAAUCACGCGGCGUUGCGUGAGAUGCUUUCGAUGCAAUCCAACCGACACGACUCAAUUGAUGGGCAACCUGCCCUCCGCGAGAGUUGUUCCGUCACCGCCCUUCGCAGUCACCGGUGUUGACUUCGCCGGUCCAUUCUGGGUCAAACAAGGAUCGCGACGACCUACUCUCGUAAAGGCAUAUAUAGCCGUAUAUGUCUGUAUGGCUACUAAGGCCGUUCAUUUGGAAGCAGUGUCCGACCUCAGCACCGACGCUUUUCUGGCAUCCUUGAGAAGGUUCAUCAGUCGCAGAGGAUGCAUUCAAGAGUUACAUUCCGACAACGCCACGAAUUUUAAGGGAGCAAACCACGAGAUGCACAAGCUCUACAAUCAGUUUCGUGAUCAGCAAGCGGUCCAACGCAUCGAGCAGUUUUGUCACACACGAGAAAUCGAGUGGCACUUUAUCCCGCCUGACGCCCCCGAGUUUGGCGGACUUUGGGAAGCGGCGGUCAAGUCCGCCAAAACACACCUCAAACGUAUCGUAGGGAACGUCAAGCUGAAUUUCGAGGAGUUUUCAACUGUCCUCACCGAAAUUGAGGCUGUGCUGAAUUCGCGGCCCCUGUUGGCCGUGUCUAACGAUUCUGCUGACCCGUUGGUGAUUACACCGGCGCACUACUUGAUUGGCCGUCCUCUCACCGCCUUGGCCGAACCAUCAUUGGAAAACCUGAAGGUUAAUCGUUUGGAUCGAUGGCAGCAUCUGCAGCUCAUGCGUGAGCACUUUUGGCGUGCCUGGAGCCGAGAUUACCUCAACACGCUACAGCCUCGGAAAAAGAACUUACGAACCAUGCCAAAUAUCUGCAUCGGCAUGAUUGUUCUGCUUCAUAUUCGCAUCCAGCCACCACUCCAUUGGAAGUUGGGGAAAAUAACAGCUGUUUAUCCAGGCGAAGACGGGCUAGUGAGAUCGGUCGAUGUGUUCGUCGAUGGUUCAACUUAUCGCCGCCCUAUCAACAAAAUCUCCGUUCUUCCCAUUGAAGAUAAUCAACCGAAAUCUGUAUCAUCUGUUGAGUGA